GUCCUCUGACUGCUGACCGCGGCCAACCGGGGAUCCUCUUACAAUCCUCAAUAUCCUCUGUUCCCUAUCACCUCCCUCCUUCAAAAGAUGCCCUUCUGUACCUUCCCUAGACUUCUAAAGCCCCUCCUCUCUGCUGCUACCCCGACGGCCAAAAGAUGCUAUCACCCGUUCUCUCCUCGGCUCUCCAUCCUCCACUCACCAAAUCCCUAAACUCCAUCUCGUUUCAUCAGCUCCCCACCUUAAAAAAUCCGAUUUUGACGAGGGGAUUGGGUUCAAAAGGCCAUCUUGGUGGACGAUUGAGGGUCUCCAAGUCUAAGGGCGUCAUGGAAUUGGCCGAGGCUGAUGCUUUCGAGGGCAGGAAUAGUGUUAAGGAGGAUGGAGCGGGUGAAGCGGAGGCGAUUCUGGGGAACAGGGCCUCGGGGUUCGCUCCUGAUUUUUCACCGGGAGGCCUCGAGUCGACCAUAAAUCGAUUGAGCAAGUGGUUAGUGGCCGGUCUUUUUGGCCUCAUCAUACUGUGGAAGCAUGAUGCUGAAGUCAUGUGGGCUGCAAUGGGAUCAGUUGUAAAUGCAGGGCUUUCGAUUACCUUGAAGCAGAUACUGAAUCAUGAAAGACCUGAUUCUGCUUUGAGAUCUGAUCCUGGAAUGCCAUCGUCGCAUGCACAGUCCAUCUUCUAUGCUGCAUUGUUUGCAAUUCUGUCAUUGGUCCAGUCCCUGGGGAUAAAUUUAUUUACAGUAACCGUUGGGAUUUUUACCUUGACAAGUGGCUGCUAUCUUGCAUGGCUUCGGGUAUCCCAACAACUUCACACUGUCAGUCAAGUCCUCGUCGGUGCUUUGCUGGGAUCCACCUGUGGUAUUGGAUGGUUCUGGGCGUGGCAUUCUUUUGUAUUAGAAGCAUUUGUUUCCUCUAUAUGGGUUCGGAUCCUGGUGGUUCUCGGUUCAGUAACAUUCUGUGUGGCCUUCUUGAUUCAUGUAGUUCAGCACUGGCUCAGGGAUGAGUGAUAAACAUCAUGGACAAGUAAAAAAUUGUUAGAAACCAAGCAAUUCAGUUGUUUUGUUCUUAGAUGCAUU